AUGCCUAAGCUGAUCACCGUAUUUGGCGCCACCGGCAACCAGGGUGGUUCUGUUAUCGAUGCCAUCCUCGCCGAUCCCCAACUCUCAAAGGAAUUCAAGGUCCGAGGUAUCACCCGCGACACUAGCAAGAAAUCAGCCCAGGAGCUAGCCAAGCGGGGUGUCGAAGUUGUCUCAGCUGAUUUGAGCUCUGUGGACUCUCUUAACACAGCCCUUGAGGGCUCCCACACCGUCUUCUUGGUCACCAACUACUGGGAAACUAUGAACGCCGACAUUGAAUACUCCCAAGGCAAGAAUGUGACCGACGUUGCCAGAGCUGUCGGUGUCUCUCACCUCAUCUUCUCUUCCCUGCACCAUGUGAAGGAAGAGAGCAAGGGACGACUGACCCAUGUUCCUCAUUUUGAUAGCAAGGCCAAUGUUGAGAAGUAUAUCCGUGCUUCCGGGGUCGGAUGCAGCUUUGUCCUUCCUGGAUACUACAUGAGCAACUUCAAGCAGAUGCUCAAUCGGGCUGAGGACGGCUCAUACCAGCUCUUCUAUCCUGUUGGCAAGCAAGCCAAGUUCCCUCUGUUUGACGCCGCUCAGGAUACAGGUCUCUUUGUGAAGGCCGCGAUUAAGCACGCGGAUCAGUUAAAGAACAAGCAACUCCUGGCAGCUGCCAAGUACUACACCCCUGAAGAAAUUGUGGACACCUUCUCUAAGGUUUCCGGCAAGAAGGCUGUUUUCAUACAGGUUUCUCCGGAGCAGUAUAAGGCCUCCUUGCCCCCUGCUCUUGCGGAGGAGUACCUUGAGAACCACUUGUUCAUCGAGGACCCUGGCUACUACCUGGAAGAGCCCUUGGAGCCUAGUCUGGAGCUACUUGACUCUAAGCCUACUACCUGGGCGGAGUUUGUCCAGAAGAAUGUUUCCGCCUGGAAAUGA